UCACACCAUCAAAUCAUCAUUGAUGGCUAGUUGAUGGCUACCAAUCACAAAUGUUGCUGGCCCCCUAGCAUUACUCUUAUUUUAAAGUAUCAUUGUGAAAUAUACAUGUGCAGUCACGAGACUCAAGACAUAUAGUGGAGAAACAAAAGCUCUAGCCUCUAGGGAAUCUUACCCCUCUCCUAUCAGCAUCCUAUGAGCGUGCUUUGCUAGGGAAGACAUGGGGAAUCAACACAAACUCUGAAUCUGAAACCCAAGUUUCGUUCCAUGGAGAACAAGGUGAUGAAUCAUGAUGACACAGUAGUGAAGGUGAUAGAGCAAUUUCAAGUAGGUCCUCCACCAGGUUCUGUUCCUUCUCCAACCUCCAUUUCCCUUUCUUUCUUUGAUGUUCCUUAUUUAUGCAUGCCUAUAACAUGCAAACGCAUUUUCUUCUAUGAAUUCCCUUACUCCAAAACACACUUCUUACAAAAAGUGCUUCCAAAUCUGAAACAAUCACUUUCACUCACUCUCAAACACUUCUUCCAUUUCUCUUCAAACAUAGUUUUCCCUCAAAAGCCACAAACCCCUCACAUUCUCUAUUCAGAAGGUGACACUCUCACUUUCAUAGUUGCUGAGUCCACAACAACAAAUCUCGACAACCUCGUAUCUGACACACCAAAAGAUGUCACGUGCUUCCACGCUUUUGUUCCUAUGUUGCCUUCUCCACGUGCCUUAGAGGAUGGCACCUUGUUGAUACCUCCCAUGGCUAUUCAAGUCACUAUCUUCCCUAACUCUGGCUUCGCCAUAUGCAUCAAUUUCAGUCAUGUGGUUGUAGAUGGGAAGGGAUUCCAUCACUUCAUGAAGUUUUGGGCCUCAGUUUGUGGAUCUAAAGAGAAUAAUAUUGUUCUGCCAUCUCAUGAUAGAGACAUGAUUGAAGACCCAAAUGGGCUUAAGGCUAUUUUCUUAGAAACAGUGUGGAAUUCUCCAAGAGAAAGGUUCAUGAGCCUUGGCCACAAUGUUCUUAGCGACAAUAACCAUGUUCGACUCACGUUUGUUUUGACGCGUGACCAUGUUGAUAAUUUGAAGAAAUAUGUGUCUACUAAGUGCCAAAGACAUGGUCUAGAGAUAUCACAUUUGUCAACCUUUGUUGUCACAUGUUCUUUGUUUUGGGUUUGUAAGAUAAAAUUAGAACAAGAUAUUAAAACUAAUGAUGAUGAAGAACUUUACCUAUGUUUUUGGUUAGAUUGUCGUACUCGUAACAUUGGUGAAUUGGAAAUUCCCUCAACGUACUUUGGAAAUUGUUUGGUUAAUGGCAUUGUUGCAAUUAAGAGGAGCAAGCUAGUGGGGCAAAAUGGUAUUUUUGAAGCAGCUAUUGCUAUUGGAAGCAAAGUAAGAGAAAUGCAAUCUGAACCUUAUAAAUGUGCUGAAAGAUUGAAGUCAAUUUUUAGUGAAGUUGCUACAAUAGGGCACCGUAUGUUGCGGAUUGCAUCUUCACCAAAGUUGGAUGUGUAUGAGACAGAUUUUGGGUGGGGAAAACCCAAAUUGAGUGAAGUAGUUCACCUACAUUCUCAGUUGGUGUCCCUCUCUGAUUGUAGGGACAAAGAAGAUGGAAUAAUUGAAGUUGGUGUAGCACUUGGGAGGACUCAAAUCCAUAAAUUCAACACCAUUUUAGAAGAGGAGCUUGCAAAUAUUGUAGUUUGUGACUAAUCAAAUGGCACAAUCUUAGUGGUCAUGCUUUAUUG